UUCCCACUGCUUUUGGCGAGGUCAUCUCCCGUGGGAGUUUGUAUGGGUACCUCGGUUGUAGACCUUGGUUAAGGACCAAGAGAGCUUAACCACUCAUGCCAACCUCAAUUGGUUAAUGAGUAUAUGGUAGUGGUGACAAAGCAUUUAGAUUAAAAAGAAAUGGCAAUUGGGUUUAAUUUUAAUUUGAAAUUCUAGUUUAUAUGGGUUUAGUUGGGGUUGUGCAUGAGUUGUUGUUAGGGGCUGGUUUGGGUCGAAAACAAAUGUGUAAUUGAAUUGAAUAACAAAAAUAAAGAAGUGAAUGGAAAAUGACAGGGUCAGAAUCAGAAUGCUGCAAGAAUCCUCCAAAGUUGAACCCAAAGAGUGGAGGUGGGCAUGUUGAAAUAAUUGGUGGCCUCAACUCAUAUGUCGUCGGCUCUUCUCAUUCCGACCUUGCUAUUCUCCUCAUAUCUGACUUCUUUGGAUAUGAAGCUCCAAACUUGAGGAAGCUCGCAGACAAAGUUGCUGAUGCUGGUUAUUAUGUCGUUGUACCUGAUUUCUUCCAUGGGGAUCCCUACAAUCCUCAGAACCCUGAUAGACCAGCACCAGUUUGGCUAAAAGACCAUGGAACUGACAAAGGAUACGAAGAGGCAAAGCCAGUAAUUGAAUAUUUGAAACAGAAAGGUAUAUGUAAGAUCGGAGCAGCUGGCUUUUGUUGGGGAGGCGUCACUGUGGAUGAUAUCAAAAGUGUGAAGGUACCAAUUGCUGUUCUCGGGGCUGAAUUCGACCAAGUAUCUCCACCUGAGCUUCUAAAGCAGUUUGAAGAGGCCAUGAAUGCUAAGCGCCCUAAGGUGGAUGGAUAUGUGAAAAUAUUUCCUGGAGUAGCCCAUGGGUGGACAAUGAGAUACGACCCUGAAGAUGCUGCUGCUGUCAAGCCUGCAGAGGAAGCUCACAAGGAUAUGUUGAAAUGGUUUAACAAAUACAUUACUAAGCAAUAAGUACUAACAUCUUAUCAUGCUCAAAUUAUGAACAAUGCUCUAUCACAUUAUAUACAACAAUGAUCAUCCAUACGUCGGUACUCGGUACGUUGCUUGCUGAUCACCAUGUAUUGUUACACUAAUGGUUGGUUACUUCAUUUACUAUUUUGGUUUUUACCCACCACAAACUAUUCAUUACAUCCAUUGUACAAUAAAUAUUGUAAGGCAUAUGUAAACUGCCCCUAAAAUAUUAAAAAGUUACUCUAAUAUAAUGUAAAAGUUAUUUACUCUA